AUGGUGUUGAGAUAUGUCCAUCGCAUAAUCGCCGAGUUGGGCCUCGUUACUCUCUACAAAUCAUCCCUCGAUACCAAACUUCUAUGUCUCCAGCGUUUCACCCGAAUGUUCGCAUAUGCUACAGCCACCCUGAUCCUUGUUGAAUACCUCUCUGCACUUGACAUCUCGAAGACGAAAAUAGGCCUUUUCAUGACCUUGACAUUGGUUGGUGAUACAUUGAUUAGUUUUGUUCUUACACUAUUCGCAGAUGCGCUGGGAAGGAAAGCCAUAUUGGCGGUGGGAUCGGGAUUAAUGAUGGGGAGCGGCAUCGUUUUUGCUCUUUGUGAGAACUACUGGGGUCUACUUGCUGCUGCGGUGUUGGGAGUUAUCAGUCCCAGUGGAAACGAAAUCGGUCCAUUCCGAGCAAUUGAAGAAUCGACCCUCGCGCAACUUACUCCCGCCUCAAAUCGAAGCGACAUAUAUGCGUGGUAUUCAUUGAUAGGAACAGCUGGCCAGGCGUGUGGAUUUGUUGUUUCUGGUUGGGUAAUUAUUUAUCUUCGGAAUGAACCAGGCUGGACGGAUAUUUCUAUAUAUCGAGCUGUAUUUUGGAGCUAUGCGAUAUUUGGAUUCAUUAAACUUCUACUUUCGGUGGGACUUAGCCAGGCAGUCGAGGUCGAAGAGAAAGUUGCGCCAAUCGAUGAUCCGGAGACUGCCCCACUUCUGGGAGACGGAAGGGAGGAAGUGGUAGCUACGAAGAAAGGUUAUUUUGCGUCGAAGUUGCCCAGUGUGAGCAAGGAGAGUAGGGUUGUUGUGCUAAAUCUUUGCCUCUUGUUGGGGCUUGAUUCUUUCGCAUCCGGUCUUGUACCUCUCUCAUGGGUGACUUAUUUCUUCCAUGAAAAGUUUGGCAUUGAAGAAGGGAGAUUGGGUUCUCUUUUCUUCACCACAAGCAUCAUAUCAGCUGGCUCCAUGCUAGUCGCUUCAUCUCUAGCAAAACGUCUUGGAAAUGUCAAGACAAUGGCAUUCACACAUCUCCCCUCCUCCAUCUUUCUCUCUUUGAUUCCGGUUCCUUCUACUCUCCCCUCAGCAAUAACUUUCCUCAUCCUUCGGCACUCCACCUCGUCUAUGGACCAAGCACCACGUACCGCAUUUAUUGCCGCAAUUGUCCAUCCACACGAACGUACCGCAGUCAUGGGUCUUAUCAAUGUAGUGAAGACAUUUGCGCAAAGUCUUGGCCCAGUCAUCACGGGUGUGUUGGCUGGGAGGAAUCUUUUCUGGGUUGUAUUUGUUUCUGCAGGAGCACUGAAAGCAAGUUAUGAUUUAGGGCUGCUGGCUAUCUUUGCAGGUCACAAGACGCAUGAUGAUAGAGUGGAAGAAGAGAGGAGAGCGUUAGAAGUGGAGGCAAGAGCAGCUGUUGAGAGAAGUACGGGAGCUGAGUCGUAG